CCAUUCCUCCCCAGUGAACCCAAGCCCCCCACACACACUUCUAACUAGCUAGGUGUGAUACACAGCAGUGACAGUGAGAGUGAGAGUGAGCUUGAGUGAUCAUAGCCAUGGCAUUCAGUAGCAAAGCUUGCCGUUGCUUGGUGCUCAUGUCAUUUGCCUUGCUCCCACUGAGCAUGGCCAUGGACUCCAUUGGCAGCUACUGUUCAGGGAACAGCUUGGCCGGCAACAGCAAGGCCGUGGCAAGCAUCAACUCCGUCCUCACCGACCUCGUCGCCAAGGGCUCCACCGGCGGCGGCUUCGCCACGUCCUCCGCCGGGAAAGCCAACAACGUCAUCUACGGUCUCGCGCAAUGCCGCGGCGACGUCUCCACCAGCGACUGCCAGGCCUGCCUCGCCUCCGCCGCCAACCAGAUCCUCACCAGCUGCAACUACCAAUCCGACUCAAGAAUAUGGUAUGACUACUGCUUCAUGCGGUUCGAGAACGAGAACUUCAUCGGGCAGACGGACACAGAUGCCGGGGUGAUUCUUGUGAACGUGCAGGCGAUGGAUAACGGCAAGGCGUUCCAGAAGGCGGUAGGGAAGGUUAUGGGCAAGGCAACGUCGCAGGCAUCACAGGCUGGGAGUGGUGGGCUGGGUAGGACGAAGGAUCAGUACACGCCGUUCAUCAACAUCUACGGGCUGGCACAGUGCACACAGGACUUGUCACCGCUGGCUUGCGCACAGUGUCUGUCAACGGCGGUGUCAAGGUUCGGUCAAUACUGCGGCGCACAACAGGGAUGUCAGAUUAACUACAGUAGCUGCAGGGUGCGCUACGAGAUCUAUCCCUUCUACUUCCCGCUCGCCACCAGCGCACGCAGCGCCACCACUGACAUGACCAAGUACACCAAGAUCGUUGUGCACCGCUAAGCAUCCAUGGUUAGUUGCACGUACAUGGUGAUGUGCGCAUGCAAAAGUUGCAAACACAUCACGUACGUACGUAUUAAUGUUCAACGUAUUAUGUGUCUGUGGAUGUUUCAGCGUGCAGUGGAUGAAUAAUCAAGGCUAUAAAAUGUAGCCUUAGCAUGUUAUAACUGGGAAUAAAGAUGUGAGUACUAGCUAAGCAAUGUACGCGCACAUUCGUGUGGAGUAAUAAUAUUAGAGUUUUUAACCA